AUGGUUUCUUUCCGAAAGCGCGCCUCUGCUUUCUUCGACGCAAGCUGCGCUAAGCGAGCGCGGUCACUCCUGGAGACCCAUCCACGAGGUACCUUGCUGUUCCCUUCGCCGGUCGGAGAUGCUGCUGCGGGCACCGACGAGGAGCACAACCUUAUCUGCCGUGCUGGAGACAUCUUGACUUCAAGGUCCAGCGGCCAAUCAUUUGAACUGCUGCAAGCGAUUGGCUACGGCGCCUUUGGCCGCGUGGCGCGAGCACGUUCCACGAACGGGCAGCGAGUGGCACUGAAGAUUCUGAAGCACAAAGAGUAUUGCGCUGAAGUUUGUUUGGAAGCGGAGCAGGAAGUGAGGAUCCUUGCGCGUCUGGACCAUCCACACAUCGUGAGCCUGGUCGACUACUUCGAGUUCCAGGGCCAUCUCUGCAUUGCCAUGGAGCUGCUGGGGCCGAACCUCUACGAGCUCUUGGUUCGAGGUGAUCUCAGAGGUCUUCCCUUGACGACCGUCCGAGCCGCAACAGCGCAGCUUCUGUCAGCCUUGGAAUACCUCCAGAACGUGCCCAUCAUCCAUGGAGAUUUGAAGCCAGAGAAUGUGCUGCUAGAGGGCGUGGCUUGGUCGUCUCUGCUGGGCGGCAGGGUCCCUCACUUCAAGUUGAUCGACUUCGGUGGGGCCAACCAGGGUGAGUGGCUCGCGGAGGACGUCACUGUCCAGACGCUUCCCUACCGAGCGCCAGAGGUGUUGCUUGGAUCGCCGGUCGGCUGCGCAGCCGACAUGUGGAGCCUCGGGUGCAUCUGCGCGGAGCUCUUCGUAGGUCUCCCUCUUUUCGCGCACUCCAGCGACAAGGACGGUAUCCUCAAAGGCAUGAUCCACUUUUUCGGAGAGCCUCCCUCGCAGAUGUUACAGGUGGGCUCCAGGACGCAGGAGUUCUACGACCGCGUCGAGGAGCAGCAGACCCCGGCUGUGGCAGAGGAACCAGAGGAGACCAUUCCUCCGGAUUCUUUGCGCUGGUUGUGGAGGCUCCGACUGUUGCGCGGAAUCUGCACCCGGCGGAGGUCGAGGGCUCCGCCUCGCGUCGUCUAUCGGCUGAGGUCGCGGCGCUGCGACCCAGAGGGCAAUGAGGCCAUAACCUCCCUGUACAGGAGCUUUCGGGAGCGGCGCUACGACACUCUCCCACGCCGUUUGGCAGCCGGCGUUCCCAAGCGUUUGGCCGAAAACCAGCAGAAGGAGCAACUUCGGAUCCGCUGGUCUUUCUACUGGCUUGUCCGGAAGAUGCUGAUCCUGGAUCCAGGCAAACGCAUUCGCCCAGCGCGGGCUCUGAAGCUGCUGGAGUCCUCAUAG